AUGUGUUGCCCCCUCGUCCCCGCUGAGAGGUUUAACACCAUAAAGAAAAGCCGCCGCGUCGGCGUUGGUCCAUCAUCUGCCGGACGAGUUGCCACGUCACUCGAGCUCGUCACCGAAAGCCAGAGGUGUUGGAGCCUUACCCAAAGCAAGAGGACAUACGUGACGUGUCCCAGCGCUUUACGUGUAGUAGUCCAAGGUGCCGUAAGACCGGAGCCUAUCCCUGGCGUGCGUGAAUCGAGUCCGAGGGGAUGGUACGGUACUAAUUCCUCAAGUGGACGGGCAGUGUAUUUGCUGCUUGAGAUUGCGUCACAAAGGGAGAAAGUAUGGACGGUGACCGGUGAUCAGUCUUCUGGCAUUCCUCGGACCUCAACGUUGCAAGCUCCAGAGCAUCGUGCUUCCCCCCACUCAACAACGUCUGAGAAAAUACUGCAGGUAGCGGCGGCUCGCUCCUAUAAUGACAUUAUGAGUCGUCACAAUGUAUCGCAGCUUUACAGGUCUGAUUUCUGCAUGGAUGUUGAUUCAUCGCCUACAUCGGACAGUGCCCUGAUGUACCAGACUUAUUUUAUAGAAGCACCAAUUCCUAACGGAAUUUAA